AAAUCGAAAUAGAAAAAGAGAGGGAGGGAGUCUCUUUCUCUCUCAGGUUUGUUUCUCGCUCUCUGAAAGUUCUCUCUCUCAAAGUGGCCUCCAAAAACCCUAACCCUAAAUCGGAAGGCGGUAACCAUUUUCCUUGAUUGUUGUAGCGAUUAUCUAGCUAUCGACCGGCUAAUCGUCGCUGCCGUCAAUUUUGUUGCCUCCAUUGCUGUAUUAUAAUAGCUUAGUGAGCCACAUGCUGUCCAGUAUUCUGUCAUAUGGAUUCUGAAUCCUUGAAGGCACAAAGACAGCUCCACUUUGUGAAAUGUAGGUCAUAUUUGGACUAUUCAGAAAUCUUCCAUCCAAUCUUGAAAUGAAACCUAGAACCAAUACAAUGUCUAGAGCUCAGACGUCAAAAAGUUUCCACGGGGAGGGGCCAAAUUGGGUUCUUAUUGCAGGCGGUGCAUUGUUAAGUACGAUAUCAAUUCGGUUAGGGUACAAGCUGAAGCGGGUGUUUGAUACAAAACAAGCAGAUGAUACUAGCAAUAGUUUGAAAGGAAACGGAAAAUCUACUGACAAAAAGAGGUCAGGGGGUUGCAAUUCACAUUCAAAUGGAUAUUUUUGUCCCCAAGAUGAGGAAGGUUGCUUCAAUUACAUUUCAGGAACUCAAGGUGUGGUGAGGAUUAAGCAGCAGCCCAGCGGCCAAUUGCUAUCACAAUCUGACAUGGCACUCCCUCUGGUGACAGUGCCUGCUCCUGAAGUUAACAAAGAGAAUGGAGUACUUUGGACAUCCUCUCCUGACCGUCUUGAGCUGCCACAGAAACCAUUCCACCACUCAAACAGCUCUGAUUCGCCAUGUGUCUCGGAAUCUGGUUCUGACAUCUUCAGCAAGCGAGAAGUGAUACAAAAGCUGAGGCAGCAGUUGAAGAGAAGGGACGAUAUGAUACUCGAGAUGCAGGAUCAAAUUGUGGAGUUGCAGAGUUCACUCAGCAAUCAGUUGUCCCAUUCAACGCAUCUGCAAUCAGUGCUAGAUGCCACAAACAGCGAUCUGUAUGAUUCGGUAAGAGAAGUCCAGAGGUUGAGGAAGGCAGUGGCGGAUCAUUGUGUGGAACAAGUGGAUUCAAACAAUAAGCCCGCAACAGUCCCAAUGUGGCCGUCUGAAGGAAGAAACAGCCAUGCAAAUGGGUAUCUCGAUGUUGAGAGCAAUUCAGAGUUCUCAGUACAAGGGAGAGGAGACGGGAAUAGGCUUGAGAUGCUAAAAAGGGAAGUAGGUGAGCUGAAGGAAGUGAUAGAAGGAAAGGAAUACCUGCUGCAGAACUACAAGGAACAGAAGACAGAACUCUCCUUGAAGAUCAAGGAACUACAGCAGAGACUAGAUUCUCAGCUCCCAAACAUUUUGUAGGCACUUUCUACUCUUGUAUAUUCUUGUUUGGUAUCCUUUCUUUUUUCUCUUUCUUCCUUUUUUCUGUUUCUUUUCAAUGUCUCUCUUUUCCCAUAUUUGACUUGAAAGUCCCAAAUAUUGGAGGAGCUUCAUUUUUCUCUUUCCUUUCCUCACCGUUGUUUAGUUAUAUAUAAUUUCUUAUCCUAUUUUGUGUUCA